UCAGGCGGCGGCGGCGGCUACGGCGGCUGCUCCGAGGGGCUGCGGGAGCGGAGGCGGAGGCGGACGAUGUGAGCGGGCGGCUCAGCGGGUCCUGUCGGCGGCGCCAUGAGGGCGCCGGGCCCCGGCCCCGGCCCCGGCCCCGGCUCCGGCCCCGGCUCCGGCUCCGGCUCCGGCUCCGGCUCCGGGCGGCAGCGGCAGCGGUGGCUGAGGGGGCGCUGAGCCCCAGGAGCCGAGCCCGCCGGGCACGCGCCCGAGCCCGCCCCGGGGGCGCGCCCCGCCCACGUCCGCGCCCGCCGGGCACGCGCCCCUCGCUCCCUCCUCCUUCCUCCCCUCUCCUCCCCCUCCCCUCCCGGGCCAUGUCGGCGGCUGCGGCGGCGGGGGGCGCUGCGGGCUCGGCGGGCGGCCCCGGCCCCGCGCAGCCCCCGCCCCCGCCGCCCCCCGCGGGCCCCCGGAUGCGGCGCAGCGCUGCCAGCUCCCCCACGGCCCCGGGCGCCGGCCGCCUGCUGCAGCCCAUCCGCGCCACGGUGCCCUUCCAGCUGCUGCGCGGGGGGCCCAGCCCCCCGGCCCCUGACCCCCCGCGGCCCCAGGGCCGGCCCCGCCGCAGGAGCGGCUCCCCGGAGCCCCGAGUGGACAAGCCAAAAUCUCAACAAGCAAAAACUUCCAAUUCGAUAAGACGAACCUCUUCUUUGGAUACCAUAACAGGACCUUACCUCACAGGGCAGUGGCCACGGGACCCCCACGUCCACUACCCGUCGUGCAUGAAAGACAAAGCUACUCAGACCCCCAGCUGUUGGGCCGAAGACGGGCCAGAGAAGAGAUCCCAUCAGCGGUCGGCAUCGUGGGGCAGCUCGGAUCAGCUGAAGGAGCAGAUCACCAAACUGAGGCAGCAGCUCCAGCGUGGCAAGCAGAGCGGCAGCCGGCACAGCCGCCGAGAGAAGGACCGCCACUCCCCUCCGCACGGCAACCCUGCAGCCGGCAGCCAGACUCAGGCUGUUGGCUCAAGAUCUGUGUCUAUGCCUCUGUCCAAUAUCUCAGCGCCAAAGUCAGCCGUCUCCCGGGUACCCUGCAGUGUCGAAGGAAUCAGCCCAGAACUAGAAAAGGUGUUCAUUAAAGAAAACAGCGGCAAGGAGGAAGGAGGCAAGCCCCUGGACGUUCCUGAUGGCCGCCGCGCCCCGCCGCCCGCCCAGUGCCGCAGCGGCAGCAGUGGCACUCGAAGCAUAGACACGCAGACGCCGUCCGUGCCAGAGCGCAGCAGCAGCUGCAGCAGCAGCCACUCGCCCUGCGUGUCUCAGGAUGGCAGCCCGUGCUCCACCGAAGACUUACUCUAUGACCGCGACAAAGACAGUGGGAGCAGCUCGCCGCUGCCCAAGUACGCCUCCUCUCCCAAACCCAACAACAGCUACAUGUUCAAACGGGAGCCACCAGAGGGGUGUGAGCGAGUGAAGGUCUUUGAGGAGAUGGCGGCCCGCCAGCCCAUCUCAGCCCCUCUCUUUUCCUGUCCCGACAAAAACAAGGUGAAUUUCAUCCCCACCGGAUCCGCCUUCUGUCCCGUAAGGCUCCUGGGCCCUCUCCUGCCCGCCUCAGACCUGAUGCUCAAGAGCUCUCCAGGUUCUGGCCAGAGCCCGAUUCUGAGCGCCUUGACCGUCGAGCAGCUGUCGGCACGGGUGGCCUUCUCAUCUCUGUCAGACGAUACCAGCUCUGUGGACUCGGUCACCGAGGUCAUGAUCCCGCCGCCGUGCCCCCCCCAGCCCCCCCACUGCUGAGCGAGCGUCAGGCCGAGGAUCGGGCCUCAUCUCAGAGCUACGUGGCCAUCUAAGCAGGGGGCGGGCCCUCGUCCUCAGGACCCUGGUCAGCACGGCCACUCAGACGUUUGCAUGGAGUGGUGGACGCCUUUCCGGACGGGAGAGAAGUAUCGGCAUCCCAGAGCAUCUCUCAUCACUGUUCUUGGCAGGGACAGGCCUUGAAUUGAGCAUUUUUAAAAUUUUUAUUAUUUUGUGGAAAGUGUGUAGAUCAUUCAGCAUUUUCAGUGGAGACUACAUUCUCUAGGAUGUCUGACCGGAGGAGUGCCGUGUCCUGGGGUCUGUUCCAAGUCCUUCCACACCAGAAAGUCGCUCGUCCAAAGGGAAGCUGUCUGGCUGUGUCAUGUUCGUGGAGGAUCGUGUCGACAGUCUAUCCGAGCAUCCGUGAUGCCUGCCAGGCACACAAGACCCUGGCCCCGCCAUCAGGGCGCCCACCCCGUGGCCUCGUUUCAGGUACUUCAGCUGAAGUCUAACUCAGGUAACUUGGAAUGUAAAUCAUACCGGCAAAGACAAGGUGUCACAGCGACAUCUCUCUGCAUUAAUCUUUCCUCAUUCCAUUCCACUUUCUUGGACGAAGACCGAGAAGGGUGAUCCUGGGCAGGGGCGGCCAGCGGCAGGAGCAGGAUCCCGGCCUCCCCUCCUCCGGCAGCGGCAGGAGGAUGGGUGUGAGACGGGGUGUUCUUCACGACACUGGCAAGGUUGAGAACGAGCCUGGCAGGAGGCACGUCGCAGGCAGCGUGUGCCCGAGUGGAGGGAGGAGAAUGUGCGGGGAUCUCCCAGGGGAUGGCCCCCCCCCUCACGUCUCCAGCAGAUUCACGUGGAGUUUCUCCUUUGGAAAUUGUCCCUUCGUUUUCUGGCCGAGAAGAGCCGAGCUUCUGCUGUCUCCCCUCCCCCUCCCCAGCUUUCGGUGAAUAGAACAACACUGGGGUCCACGGAUGGUUCUGUUCUUGGACUCGCUGGAAGACGAGUCAAUGAUGAUUCUUUGGUGACUCGGGGCAGCCACCGGAAGCUCUUUAGCCCCGUCUGUCUUUCACCUGCGCUCGUGUCUGCCGGCCUGCCGCGGCGGGAAGCCUGAGCAGAGCGAGUCGGAGUCGGGAGAAGCUGGCGGGACCCUGUGGCCACAGAGGGCCUGGGCAGGGAGGGACGGCCAGGGAGAGGCCUGGGGAGGGCAACGCCGCACAAAGUGCUCCGGCCGCAGGCACGUUCCGGGUUCCGGUUCUUUCCCAGCUGUCCGUCGGCGUCCAACCAGAAGAUACUGUCUGGUCCCUUUGGCCAUUUUCACGUGGGACCCUCUGGAAGUCAUUCUUUGAGACCUUUCACCUCAGUGCUCUCGGGCCUCGAUGAAGAGGAGAGGCCGGAGGGGCCGAAGGCGCCCCAGUAACCUCCGGUGGCAGUGAUGUCCCUGCUGCCCCGCCUGUUGUCUCUCCAAGGCUGCGUGGGGGUCGGGGGAGGGGGAAGAAGGACCAAGGCUGAGGGGUGAGGAGACCAAGAUUUAGAAGGGGGGGGGGUCAGGAUGGCAGGGAGGGAGGGAGGGAGGGAGGAGGGGCCGAAUUUCCCUGAUGGACCAGGAGGUUCAGCCAGCGAGAUUUAGGGCGACGUUCCGUGCAUUCCUUUUCCGUGAGAAGCUAAAUAUUCCUUGUGCUGCCCCCGUGUUCCUAGUGCACCUGAAGGUUUUGGACGUGCUGUGUUGGAGCUUCUGCUUUUCCACGUCAAUUCCCCGGAAGCUGUUGAGCUCGGCCCGCCUUGCGCGGCCCGAGACCUUGCCCACGGUCCUCUUGUCCGGCGCUGUCCGUGAAGCCCGCUUCCCCAACACGCGGCUUCCUUAACGAGGACGGGCGUGGCUUUGGUUUUGUACCUUUCCAGUAGAGAAACUCCCGUGUCUUAUUUAAAUAAAGCUAUUAGUAAAAAGUA